AUGGUGAAGUUCCUGAAGCAAAACAAGGCCGUGAUCCUAGGCCGUUACGCCGGCCGCAAGGGAGUGAUCGUGAGGUCAUUCGAUGACGGAACCCGGGACCGCCCCUACGGCCACUGCCUGGUCGCCGGAAUCUCCAAGUACCCUAAAAAGGUCAUCCGGAAGGACUCCGCCAAGAAGCAAGCCAAGAAGUCCAGGGUCAAGUGCUUCAUCAAGCUCGUCAAGUACAACCACAUCAUGCCCACCCACUACACCCUCGACGUCGAUCUCAAGGACAUCAUCACCUCCGACCGCCUCCAGUCCCGCGACAAGAAGGUCACCACUGCCAAGGAGGCCAAGACCCGCUUCGAGGAGAGGUUCAAGAUCGGAAAAAACCGUUGGUUCUUUACCAAGCUUAGGUUCUGA